CACUCGCCGAGCGGCGGCAGCAGCGGGAGGAGCGCCCCGCCGCCCCCGCCGAGGACCGCGCGGAGGCUGCGGCGCUGCCGCGGCGGGAGUCCCAGGCCGGCGGGCCGAGCGCGGGCAGCGAGGGGCCGCCGCCAGCGCCGCGGCGAGGAGAUGUGCCCGGAGGAGGGCGGCGCGGCCGGGCUGGGCGAGCUCCGCUCCUGGUGGGAGGUCCCGGCCAUCGCGCACUUCUGCUCGCUCUUUCGCACCGCGUUCCGCCUGCCCGACUUCGAGAUCGAGGAGUUAGAAGCGGCUCUUCACAGAGAUGACGUGGAGUUUAUCAGUGACCUGAUUGCCUGCCUGCUUCAGGGCUGCUAUCAACGAAGAGACAUCACGCCUCAGACAUUCCACAGCUACCUAGAGGACAUCAUCAACUACCGCUGGGAGCUGGAAGAAGGGAAGCCCAACCCCCUGAGGGAAGCGAGUUUCCAGGACCUGCCUCUUCGCACGCGGGUGGAGAUCCUGCAUCGCCUCUGUGAUUACCGACUGGAUGCCGACGAUGUCUUUGAUCUCCUCAAGGGUCUGGAUGCAGACAGUCUGCGCGUGGAGCCACUGGGUGAAGACAAUUCUGGGGCCCUGUAUUGGUAUUUCUAUGGAACACGAAUGUACAAAGAGGACCCGGUACAAGGAAAACCCAAUGGAGAACUCUCUUUGAGCAGGGAAAGCGAAGGACAAAAAAACGUCUCAAGUAUUCCUGGAAAAACAGGAAAAAGAAGGGGAAGACCCCCAAAACGGAAGAAACUACAGGAGGAGAUUCUGUUGAGUGAAAAGCAGGAAGAAAACUCCUUGGCAUCUGAGCCACAGACAAGACAUGGGUCCCAAGGGCCAGGCCAGGGUACUUGGUGGCUCCUAUGCCAAACGGAAGAAGAAUGGAGACGGGUGACUGAGAGUUUCCGCGAGAGGACCUCCCUUCGGGAACGGCAGCUCUACAAGCUCCUCAGCGAGGACUUCCUGCCUGAAAUCUGCAGCAUGAUCGCCCAGAAGGGAAAACGUCCACAGCGCACAAAGGCAGAAUUGCACCCUACGUGCAUGUCUGACCACCUGUCCGUCAAACCCAUCAAGCAAGAGGAGACUCCUGUGCUGACCAGAAUAGAAAAACAGAAGCGCAAAGAGGAGGAGGAGGAGCGUCAGAUUCUUCUAGCCGUGCAGAAGAAGGAACAGGAGCAGAUGCUGAAGGAAGAGAGGAAACGCGAGUUGGAGGAGAAGGUCAAGGCAGUGGAAGAUCGAGCGAAGAGGAGAAAGCUCAGGGAAGAAAGGGCAUGGCUGCUGGCUCAAGGGAAAGAGCUCCCCCCAGAACUUUCCCAUCUGGACCCCAAUUCUCCCAUGAGGGAGGAUAAAAGGGCGAAAGACCUCUUUGAGUUGGACGAUGAUUUCACUGCUAUGUAUAAAGUUCUAGAUGUCGUAAAAGCUCACAAGGAUUCCUGGCCCUUUUUGGAACCUGUGGAUGAAUCUUACGCUCCUAACUAUUAUCAGAUUAUUAAGGCCCCCAUGGAUAUUUCCAGCAUGGAGAAGAAACUGAAUGGAGGUUUAUACUGUACCAAGGAGGAGUUUGUAAAUGACAUGAAGACCAUAUUCAGGAAUUGUCGAAAGUAUAAUGGGGAAAGUAGUGAGUAUACCAAGAUGUCUGAUAAUUUAGAACGGUGUUUCCAUCGGGCAAUGAUGAAGCAUUUUCCUGGUGAAGACGGAGACACAGAUGAGGAAUUUUGGAUUCGAGAGGAUGAAAAGCGGGACAAGAGACGGAGUCGGGCCGGGCGAAGUGCGGGGAGCCAUGUUUGGACCCGCUCCAGGGAUCCCGAAGGGCCCGGCAGGAAACAGCAGCCCGUGGAGAAUGGAGGGAAGUCUUUGCCCCCCACACGCCGAACCCCCUCUUCUGGGGACAGUCAGAGCAGCGGCUCCACACAGCCCCCGCGGGAGGCGGGCGCUUCCAAUGGCCGAGGCUUUUCUCAUCCUCUGCACUGUGGCGGAACGCCCAGCCAAGCACCGUUUUUAAACCAGAUGAGGCCAGCGGUGCCGGGGACAUUUGGGCCCCUGCGAGGAUCGGACGCCGCCGCCUUGUACGGCUCCUCUGGAGUCCCGGAGCCGCACCCCGGGGAUCCCGUGCAGCAGCGCCAGCCCUUCCCCAUGCAGCCUCCAGUGGGAAUUAACAGCCACCGAGGACCCAGGCUGGGCACACCCGAAGACAAGCACAUGUGUGGGGGGCUGACGCACCUUUCCGGCAUGGGCCCACACCCUGGAUCCUUGCAGCUCGGCCAGAUGAGUGGCCCGAGUCAGGAUGGAAGCCUGUAUGCUCCGGCUCAGUUCCAGCCAGGAUUCAUUCCUCCCAGGCAUGCGGGGGCUCCAGGCCAGCCGCCAGACUUCCCCGAAAGCUCCGAAAUUCCUCCCAGCCACAUGUAUCGAUCGUACAAAUACCUGAAUCGAGUACACUCUGCCGUCUGGAAUGGGAACCACGGUGCUACAAACCCAGGACCCUUGGGCCCAGAGGAGAAGCCCCACGUGGGGCCCGGACCUUCUCACCAGCCUCGCGGUCUCGGUCACAUGAUGGAUUCCCGAGUCAUGAGACCACCUGUCCCCGCCAACCAGUGGACUGAACAAUCAGGCUUCCUACCUCACGGCGUUCCUUCCUCAGGGUACAUGCAGCCACCCUGCAAGUCUGCUGGACAUCGGCUACAGCCACCUCCAGUGCCAGCACCCAGUUCUCUGUUUGGGGCGGCCACCCAGGCUCUGCGGGGGGUGCAGGGAGGGGACUCCAUGAUGGACAGCCCGGAGAUGAUCGCCAUGCAACAGCUCUCCUCCCGCGUCUGCCCGCCAGGUGUGCCUUACCACCCCCACCAGCCCGCACCCCCCCAUUUGCCCGGCCCUUUUCCGCAGGUUGCCCACUCAGCGUCCGUCAGUGUAUCAGCCCCAAAGCCUGCCCUGGGCAACCCUGGGAGGGCACCGGAGAACAGUGAAACACAAGAGCCUGAGAAUGACCAAGCAGAGCCGUUGCCUGGCCUUGAAGAGAAGCCAGCAAGUGUUGGUACUUCAGAGGCGGUAUACCUCAAACAACUACCUCACCCCACGCCUCCCCUACAGACUGACUGCACCAGGCAGAGCUCACCCCAAGAAAGGCGGGAAACAUCGGGCCCGGAGCUCAAAACCAACUCCUCCGAAUCCGCAGACAACUGUAAAGCAGCCAAGGGCAAGAAUCCCUGGCCCUCGGAUAGCAGCUACCCCAGCCCAGCCGCCCAAGGGUGCAUGGGAGACCUCACCGCAGUGGCAGACAGGGGCACUCUACCUGAAAACGGAGUCAUCGGGGAAGCAUCUCCCUGCGGAUCGGAGGGGAAGGGCCUUGGUAGUAGUGGUUCCGAAAAGCCGCUGUGCCCCAGAGGCAGAACGUUGCAGGAAACCAUGCCAUGCCCAGGACAGAACGCAGCGACACCGCCCAGCACAGACCCCGGCUUGAUGGGAGGCCCUGUCAGCCAGUUCUCUCCGCUGUACAUGCCUGGGCUGGAGUACCCAAAUUCAGCUACUCAUUACCACAUCGGUCCCAGCCUGCAGGGCGUGGGCCCCAUGAUGGGAGGGAAGUCCUCAGCACCCCAUCCCCAGCAUUUCCCCCCGAGGGGCUUUCAGUCCAGCCACCCACAUUCUGGAGGCUUUCCCCGGUACCGCCCCCCACAAGGAAUGAGGUAUCCCUACCACCCACCACCGCAGCCUUCUUACCACCACUAUCAGCGGACUCCUUACUAUCCGUGUCCACAGGGCUUUUCGGACUGGCAGAGACCUCUCCAUCCCCAGGGAAGCCCGAGCGGACCCCCCGCCAGCCAGCCUCCCCCCCCGCGGUCUCUCUUCUCAGACAAGAAUGCCAUGGCCAGUCUGCCAGGCUGUGAGACACUGAAUGCCGCCUUAACCUCUCCAGCCCACAUGGAUCCCGUGGCUGCUAAAGUCCCGAAUGACGGGCAGAAUCCUGGUCUGGAGGAAGAGAAGCUGGAUGAAUCUGUGGAGAGGCCGGAGAGUCCCAAAGAAUUCUUAGACCUGGACAACCACAACGCAGCCACCAAGCGGCAGGGCGCGUUAGCAGGCGGCGAGUAUCUGUACGGAGCGCCCCCGCCGGCGCUGAGUGCGGGAAUGGGCUUCGCUUCGUCUGCGUUUCCCAACCACGGCGUGAUGCUGCAGGCGGGGCCUCCCUAUCCGCCCCAGCGGCCGGCCGGUCACUUUCAGCCCAGGCCUUACUCUUCCCCGAUGGCUGCUCACCCACCUCACCACCCAGGGGCCCCCCAGCCCAACGGGCUCUCUCAGGAGGGCCCCGUGUAUCGCUGCCAGGAAGAGGGCCUGGGUCACUUUCAAGCUGUGAUGAUGGAACAAAUUGGCACUAGAAGUGGAAUCAGGGGACCUUUCCAGGAAAUGUACAGACCAUCAGGAAUGCAGACGCACCCGGUCCAGUCCCAAGCCUCGUUCCCAAAGACCCCCGCAGCGGCAGCACCGAGGGAGGAGCUGCCGCCCCACAAGCCUCCAGCGCUUCCCCCGGAUCAGAGCUAGUCCAAGGAGGAAAUGAGCCCCAAGCAAUGGAAGCUGCACACGAAGACUUGGAACGCGGAGAACUGGGGAGGGCCCCGCCAGCUCUGCUCCCAUCACCUGCUCCACCCCUUCACGUGACCCACCUGUGCCAUCCUUGAGCUGGAGCCAGUCAUGGGCCCUAAAAGGACACUCCUUAGAUGACUGACACACAGCUCGCAAAGGUCCUUGGCCAGGGAUCUCUUGCACGGCUGCUGUAGACAGUUAGGCAGAACAAAUGGACGUGGAGUUAAUGAUGACUUUUCCAAAUCCUGAGUCACUUUUCAGGGAAAAUCACUUUAAACUUGGGGGCGGGGGUAUACUCAAGAAAGGAGUGGUGCUUUUAAACUUUGACGAGCAGCUAAACUCAGGUAUAUAUUUGGGGAAGGGACUACUGGUGGUAGUAAUGGUUUGGAGCUGGGUCCAGUUUACAGAAUUUUCAUGUUGCCUUUUAAAAUAAUUUUUGUUGGUGGUGAAUGUAUUGUACAUAAAAGUGGGAAGGGUGGGUGGGGAUGCGGAAGAAAUGGGAGUCCUGACUGGUGGGUACACAGCACUGGAGUGAUCUUUAUCUGUUUACAAUCAUGUCACACUGAGUACUUCUGGGAGCUGGAGACGAGGGCAGGAAGGGUUUGAUCUUGUAAUACGUCACUGUGUUCCCUUGCCGGCUGGCCAGCCUUCAGAAUAGCUAAAGGCUGGCCUUCCAGUCAGCCUGGAAGGGAACACCUGUCCCCUCGCCAUCUGCUGUCUGUCUCCGUUGGACGCAGCGUGCUCUCGGGACUACUGGAAGCUUCAGCCCAGGAGACGGGCUGCUAGCUCACUCUGGUGGCCCAAAUCCUGGAUGUGAGACAGGGGUGUCCCUUCCUGGUUUUGCCACCAGCCCUACCGAAUAGUCGUAAACCAGCAUCAGGAAUUGGGAUGGCUGGCGUGUUUCAUGUAUUAGAAGAUGAGCCAUGCCCAUCACAGACCUCCCUGUCGGGCCUGUGGUCUAGAAGGCGCCACACACAGCUUUCUGGCACCGAUCACAUUUUGUGGAAGUGACUACUCAGGUUUGUAUAUUUUAGUAUCAAUAAAGAAUUGCACAGGUUUGAAUAGGAAAAAUGUAUUCUAUAGAUUUACAGUUUGAAUUUAGGAAUAUUUCAGUAUAUAUAGUUUUUAUUCAUUUUAAGUGAAUCAUAGUAAAAUCAGUCAUGGUGAUUUACAAUAGCUAUCAAGA